AUGUCUCCCGCCUUCGCCGCCCCUCCACCCCUCUUCUACCCUUCCUCGCACCUGCCACGCUCCGUCACCGCACGCCGCUCGAGCCGCAUCAGUAUGUCGACCCCCGCGCGGCGCGUCCUUGUCGCGAUUGGCAACGGGUCGGAGGAGAUCGAGACGGCAUGCGUGGUCGACACUCUCCGCCGCGCCGGCGCCGACGUGACGCUCGCCUCCGUCGAGCCGUCCGUGUCGGUGACCAUGUCGCGAGGCAUGGUCUUCCAGGCCGACCACACCGUCUCCUCUCUGUCGCCUCCCUUCGACGCCGUCGCGCUGCCGGGUGGCAUGCCGGGCGCACAGCGCCUCGCCGACUCGGCGCACUUGGCCAAGCUCGUCACGCACACGCGUGACAACGGGAAGGUCGUAGGCGCCAUCUGUGCCGCCCCGGCCGUGGUGUUGGCGGGACAGGGCGUGCUGGACGGGAAGAAUGCGACUUGUUAUCCUGCGCCCGCGUUUAGAGACAAGAUUCCCAACGUGGCCGAGGGGGACGUCGUCAGGGAUGGCCAGUUGAUCACGGCUACGGGGCCUGGGACGGCGCUCAAGUGGAGUUUGGAGAUUGUCGAGGCACUGUACGACAAGGCUAUGGCCGAUAAGCUUGCAGGCGAGAUGCUGGCGCCGCGUUAGUUGUGAGGUGCGAUGGUGUGAUCGUCAUUAAGGUUGUGGACAGGCUAGACUGCCGUUUGCUUUCGAGCGCUUUAAAAGAGCGCACCAUGCGCUGAUGUAACUAUUCC